UGCAACAAUGCAACAAAAAUAACAGAAAGUUAAGUGGUAACACUGGAGCGUCCGCUGUUGACAAAUCAAAACAAAACAGUUCGAAAAUACCGACAGACUGUUGUUCAAAACAAGAAAUUGCAAUUCAUUUAAAAUGAACCAUAGAGCAAUGGCAAUGAAUGGUGUAAUUGUGGGAUUGUUAGCCUAUUAUGCUGUGCUGAAAAGGCAGGAGGAGGAGGAGGAAGAAGUCCUGGAACGCCAGCAUAAAUCACAACGCGGAAAUCCGUAUUUGCGUAAAAGGCGCAACAAGGGACGAUUUGUUACCGCUUUCGAAAACAUGACACAGUCUCCAAGAGUGUUCAUUGAGAAUUUCCAUAUGAGCGAAUCCAACUUUAACUAUUUGUUCAGUUUGGUGGAGCCAUAUCUGAUCCCGAAGAGGAAUUUACGCUCGGAUGCGAUGUCGCUCAAAACAACGUUUGCCGUUGUCCUCGAAAUGCUUGCAUCCGGAAACCUACAUAUCCAGAAUGGUUCAUCCUAUCGAAUCAAAAAGCAACAUAUGGGAGCUACCAUCGACCUGGUAUGUGAUGGCAUUUGCUCUGCGCUGACCAGCGAGUUUCCAAAGUGGGACAAGGAGAAUAUGUUGGAGUGGGCAGAUGAUUUUGAAAAGCAAUGGAACUUUCCACACUGCAUUGGUGCCAUCGACGCUAAACACAUCCAAAUUAAGAGCCCUCUUAAUGAUGACGAUGAUUUUUACAAUCACAAAGGCUUCUACUCGAUUGUCCUAAUGGCAGUUUGCGAUGCAUCCUAUCGGUUCACAUUCAUCGAAGUUGGUGCUGGCGGUAGGGAGGGAGACACGAAUGCUUUUUCGCACAGCAAACUGGGAAAGGCAGUAUUGUCGGAUAGUCUGGAGUUCCCCGGAAACGAGCUGCUGAAUGGCAUAUCGACACCAUAUUUUAUGGUAGGAAACGAUGUGUUCCCAUUAAUUAGCAGGAUAAUGAAGCCGUACGGAUCUAGAAAGCGGGAUGUACCCGAGCGGAUAUUUAAUCAUCGCUUAAAUCGAGCUCGACGUUGUAUAGAUAAUGCCUUUGGAAUACUUUGCGCCAAGUGGAUGGCCGUGCAACGCACUCAGUUAAGCAAUCCGGAUACGGCCCAGAAAAUUGUUGCAGCUUGCUGUUCCUUGCACAACUUUGUAUUACGAACGAGUCCCGCAGACCAAUACUUACCGAAGGAUCUGGACGCACACACCCACACACAUACAACACUCGUCGAACUUCUGUCCUUUCGCGGUCGCUGUCAGGAUUACCCAAAGUACAUACGCGACAAUAUAAAGGAGUAUGUCAACUCUUCAUCGGCUUCUCUGCAAAAUGAAGCUGCUGAAGUGUAAUCAAUUCAAUAACUUUUAUUAUUUUUCCAGCCAAUAAUAAAAUAUCCUGCUUAGUCUUAAUUUA